CUCCGACCAAAAAACCCUGAAGACGAAGCUCUCUUUCUGCAGAUUCUGAUGAGGAAAAUGGAAGCGAAGAAGGAGGAGAUUAAGAAAGGCCCGUGGAAGGCCGAGGAAGACGAAGUCCUCAUCAACCAUGUCAAGAAGUACGGUCCUCGUGACUGGAGCUCCAUUCGAUCCAAAGGCCUUCUUCUUCGCACCGGAAAAUCCUGCCGUCUCCGUUGGGUCAACAAACUCCGUCCCAAUUUGAAGAAUGGAUGCAAGUUCACGGCGGAGGAAGAGAGGACGGUGAUAGAGUUGCAGGCGCAGUUCGGGAACAAGUGGGCGAGGAUCGCUACGUAUUUGCCCGGACGAACAGAUAACGACGUUAAGAAUUUCUGGAGCAGUAGACAGAAGAGGCUCGCUAGGAUUCUCCAGAAUUCAUCGGGCGAAUCGAGUUCCAGGCCUCACAAAUUCAAUAGCGCGAGAUCUGGUCGUGAUUCUGUAGGUUCUUCCGAGGUUCCAGGUUUCGGCUUUGUCGGGCAAGAGAUGUCGGCUUCAUCAUCGAAGAUUGUUCUUCCAUGUUCAUCAGCUUAUUUAGACGCAUCCCAACCAGUGGAAACAUUGGCAAUGCCGGAUUUGGGUAUCAAGCUUGAGCCGCAUCCGUUUGCUUUCGGGACAGAUUUCGGCUUGAUGGAGACAUCCUUAUUCACCGAAACGCAGACACAGAUUUCUCUUACUCAGUUGCCUCAGCCGCAAUCAAGCAUCCAAUUCUCGCCCGACAGCCAAGAACUCUUGGCCAGGCUGGACGACCCCUGUUUCUACGAUAUCCUCGGACCAGGGGAUUCAGCCCAACAAUUCUCUCUUCCCCAGCCGUUCUUUGAGCCAGCGAGAAGCCACCGACAUGUUGGGAGGGAUGAACCAGACGUCUUCUUGGAUGAUUUCCCUUCUGACAUGUUUGAUCAAGUCGAUCCGCUUCAUAGUCCAUUUAACUGAUGACGAGGCUUCUGUCAUUGUAAAUGAUGUGUGUUUAGGUUGGAUUAGCUCAAUUCUAACUGAUUUGUCUCUGGAUGUUCUUAGCAAUAGUUAUGACUACAUCCCUCUGUACUG